AAAUGCUAAAUACCUAAAUAAAUAUUUACACAAAUACAAAGAUCAACCGCAAAGCUAACAUAAGUUCGUUGAAAGGUCGUCGACAACUGCAGUGUCGAUUGCAGUAAAAAAAGUUUAUUUGCGUAGAAUAUUCGGAUCAGCUGUGUGCUGCAUUUGCUGAGUUCGUCUAAUAUUACAUCGAAUAAAACCGCAUACGUUUAACAAAGUGAAAUUGUUUAAAUUAAUCAAAUCAACUGCUACAGCAGCAAAAGCUAAAUAACAAAUCUCAUGCCCCUGCAGCGUCACAAAGCUCUCUGAAUUGCGUUUAAAAUUCCAUGUGAUCUUAAUGCUUGAAUAUAUUAAAGUGUUAAACUGAAAGCUAUUUAGUGUUUAUUUUAACUAUUCUUAUGUGUGGAAAUAAUUACCACACCACGCGUUUUCUCAAAAAAUAUACCAAGUGAAUCUCUAGUAAUAAAUUCAAAGUCUCAAUGGCAUCACCGGCCUGUGAACAUCGCUACAAAGAUUUCAUUUUCAUAAGUUAUUAGAUUUUGUCUUUUUAACCACUUAUAAAAAACAACAACAAAACUCUCAAUACAUAUUGAGAGCCCAGUUACAAGUGAUUUAUAUUGAAACGUGUUUGAAACUCUGCGAUAGACGCAUUUUAAUAUCAAAUUUUAUUUGUGCUAAAAAAAGUAUUUUAGAUAAAAAUACCUAGAUGCAUGACAGCUACAAAUCAAGCUCGUAACAAUAUUUUGUGUACCGAAAUUGAGUGUUAAGCCCACUGUCUCACGAAAUACAUACAUACAUACAUAUACGAAAGCAAGUGAAAAGCAAUAGCAGCGCAAAGUUCUAGCAUACUUUUUGGCUAGAAACAUUAACGCGCCUACAAACACACUAUAAUACGACACACUUCGCGUGCGUAAAACGUUAACGUGAACUUGUCAAUACAUUACAACAACAACACGUAAAAGUUUGCUAAACAACUGCAGCCCACAGUUCGAUUGGGUUCCGUUAUAACAGCAAUUCGCAUCUACAUUAGUGCUAUGCACCAUUCGCGUUCGGUGGCGCAACUAAAACAACAACAACACCGUACUUGGCAGCGCGACUAUCGCGCCUACAUUCGUAUGUGUGCAUACUAUCGGCAUCGUUCCGUAGUAGGCAUAACCGGCGGCGUCGGCGGCGGUACGUACACGCCCACCCACACACCCACCAUACAAACGCAUACGCAGUAUUUUAUGUUGAACAUUCAAAAGCACUUGCUAAAGCGUAUGAACAUUUAUUGGCGCAAUAUAGCGGUAAUUAUUCACAAAGUGAAUACGAUCAAUAAGUUUAAGUUCGACAAGUUUAGCAAGAAGAAAAACUUUCGUAUGCUACACGGUGUAAUGGGUUUACGUGUGACGUCAUCAAUGAUGCGCCAUUGCAUCAUGAUGCUCGGUAAGUAA